AUUACGGAGUUACCUAGAGUCGCCGCCUCACGGCCGCGCGUGAAUUUCAACUACUAGAUCGCAUACGUCCCAAUGGCGUAGACUUCACUCAGCGUGCUCGGAAUAAUCGCCCGCGUCGUUGAAAUUCAGAUUCAACGAUGUUUGUUCAGUAUCGCAUCAUCAUUAUACGAUCUAUUUGUUGAGUUUUAUGCAAUUCUAUGCGAGCUGUAAACAUUUAUUUUGGAUUAUUGUUCUAUUCGCGAUUUUAUUGAAGAAAAAUAACACAUUGCAAUAAUUCUGUUGGUUAGGUAGUUACGGCGUCAAGAGAUCUUGUGGUACAAAAUUUACGAUGUAAAAAUGCUUGCUAAUGAUGAAUCGUCAGAUUAAUUACUAGAACAGCUUCGCGAACAAAUAUCAUUCGACUUUAUCAUGGGCCAAGGACAGAAGUGUCUAACCAUCAAAGAGUUAACGGCACACUUUCGUUUCCCAUAUGUUUGCAAAUUUUUCACAUUGCAGACAUCGUUACGCCACUGGGUGAUUUCAUUGUAUGCACACACCAGGGUUAAUUCUGUCUGCGGUAUUUGAAAUUAUGUACACUUAGGGAACAAAACUGUCCCUUAGGAAUUAGAAUGACUGUAAUACAUUCAGGUCAUAUCGGGAAAUUUACCGGGAUAGACGAUCCUACCGACGAUAAACGAGUGGUCGGUGCUUCUACAAAGGUCUCGACUUCUUUGUUCGGAAAAGGUUCCGACUAUAGUUCAAAUGGGUCAGGUAGUAAGAAGUCAAGCCCUUCGGAUUCUUGGCCCCUGAUAAUAUUGGCGCGCUGAACACAUCAUAGCCAUGAGUAAUUGGUAUUAAUUCGCAUUGAAGAAGUUACAGAUAAGCGUAUAGCGAUUGUUAAUUAAAUGCAGCUGAGCAAUGACAAUCAGGACGACUUCCCUCUAUCAGAACGAUCCCGCAUGCCCAAAACCAGACGAUUUUGAUUACAACGUGAUCAUUGUUGGGUCCGGCAUUACCGGGCUUUCGGCUGCCCAUAAAAUCGCCGAAAAAAAUUGCGGUAUCUCCGUUCUAGUGCUCGAAGGUAGCGAUAAAAUCGGGGGAAGACUUGCCGUGUCAGGUGUAACGAAGGGGUUUUUUAUCGACAACAGACAGAGGCACAUAAACAGCUUGAUAAGGGAACUCGGACUGACGUCGGAGUACAGAAAACCAAGUGGAAACGAAGACAGGAUUUACUACUCUCGAAGUGGCCCGAUCGUCGUUCGACGAGAAAAGAUUACGGACGAAAUCGAUGACUUCGUCAACAGGUUGGACCAGACCUUCCAGUCGUCCGACCUUAAAAUCUGCGCGGAUUAUCCCGAGGCGAAAAAAUUGGCCAGAAUGAGCUUCGACGCUUUCAUCGACGACUGUAUAACUGGCUCCGAAGCCCGAGAACUCAUGAAAGCAAUCGUUUUCUCUAUCUGCGGACUGGAAGCGGCCUCCGUAUCCACUCUUUGGUUCAUCGCGAUGGCAAUUGGCGCAGGCGGGUUAAAACGGAGGAUAAAAUUCGCCCUUGGAAGCGACUGGAGGAAAUUUAUACCGGGCGGAGCCGAAGAAAUACUGAAAGGACUCUGGCGGAUGGCGGUUCACGAUGAGGGGACCAAAAUUCAAACGAACAGCCUCGUCAAGCUGAUAGAAUUCAACGACGUUUCUGCCUACGUGUCGAUUCUCGACGGCGAACAAUACAAAUGCGAGUACGUGAUUGUUGCCGUGCCGCCGCCAGAAAGUUCGAAAAUAAGGAUACUUCCAGCGAACGAAGAAGUGUUGAAAAACCAAAUAUCUCACGAGCCUGGAAGGGCGACUUUCUUCGUGGCAAAAUACGACGAGGCCUGGUGGCUGCGGAGCAAUUACAGCGGGGACAUUCUUGGCUCGAUAGAGAACCCGAGCGAGCUUCGAAUCGUCUACGAGGCGACUUGCCCGCCCGAUUUAUCGCCAGCGUUUUUGGCGGGCUUUUUGAAAAGGAGUGCCGACGAAAAGACGACCCAUCCUCUCGAGGCCCUGCGAAACUGCUGGACGAGAACGGUUUGGGGUGCGGAUGGAUCGGCCCUUUCAUACUCGACGAUGUUGAAGCACUACGCGGAAUCUAAAUGGUCGGAGGAAGAAGAGGAUUCGGGGAUGAACCGAGGCGGCCAACCCAUGAGCGCGAUGAAACCUUGCCACGUUAAAUAUCACCUAAACCCAAUGCUGACACCGCAUAAAAGGGUUUACUGGGCGUGCAGUGAGUACGCGCGAUUUUGGCCUGGAACGAUGGACGGCGGCGUUGAAUCGGGAGAAUACUCGGCCUGUUCUAUUCUGUACCAGGUUCGUCCGCAGUCCCUGAACAGUGAGGAGCUACGUUUUGUAACCCCGAAGACGGCGCCGGUCGCAGCCAGGAAGACCGAUCUACCUCUCGACUUAGUUGCACUCCACUUUGUCACCACGGGGAUCGUAACCGCGAUUUUAAUCAUCUACUGCAAACCGGUUAAAUAAACACGAAAUCGCGCGAGUCUCCAGUAUACAUACAUAUAUACAUGUAUAUAUUUUUUUUACUCUCGCUGUUGGAGAAAGAGCAAUAAAAAGGCAAGGUGUGUGGUGCAGGUAAGAGGUUGAAAAAAAUAAAAUAAAAUAAA